AUGGAUUAUCUGAAGAAGACGCAGUCGCGUCGAUUCUCGCAACGUUCAUCGCGCCCGGCAUCACCGCUGUCUUUAGGCUUCUCGAAACGCGGCCCGCCCAAGAAGUUGAAUCUGGCCCUCGUGGAAGACCCUUUGCUAGCGAGCAUGACGGCAUCUAAUUUGUCGAUGCCGCUGACGCCUCCCGCCGACGAACCUGUCCUCCAAAAUCUGGAUGCGUCGUCAAAACUCCCCGACACGCCGAUGUUCGACCAAUUUGCAAUCGAUGAGCUAGAAGGCGAGCAAUCAGAGCCCGAGCUUGCCAUGCAGAGUGCACACCUCGUCACUCAUGCAAAAGUGUACGCAAUUGCUGAGAAAUACGGCAUUGCAGGUCUGAAAGUUAUCGCACAACAGAAAUUUGUGCAAGAGCUUGAUCUGCACCUCGAUAGUCCCGACUUCCCAGAAGCGUGCCAGGAGGCAUACGAAUCCACCUUCCACACUGAUCGAGGUCUCCGUGACGUGAUCGUCCAAGCAUUCCGGGCUAACCCAGGACUAUCCCUGCGACCGGACGUAGAGAUGGCUGUGAGAGAAACCCCUGGACUGGCUUUCGAACUCUACAGAAUGGCGAGUGGCAUGCCUAUCACGUCCUGA